AUGGUCAACAAGUGUUACUCGUGCGACUUUCAUCGCCAGGACUGCACCUUCACCCUAUCAUCAUCUGUCUCAACCACCACCACCAUCAGCCGUCAAAGCACAGCAGAGGUGCCGUCGAAGAAGCGUAAACUGGACGACAUCAUCAUCAACAGUGAUGCAGACUCCCCUAAAAGGUUAUCGUCCGUUUCCAAAGCUGACAGUGCUCGUUCGCCCUUGAGCGAACUCCCGCGCCUCAACACUAUCUCAUACUGGCAUCAGACCACCCAGCACAUCGGCCUCACUACUGAACUGGAACCCGCCCUGCUGGCAUAUCUCCCAGUAGACCAGAACGACGAGAGCUUUGUAGCUGCCUCCCGCGUACGGAAGCUUGGCGACGACGGCACUUUUAUGCGCGUCGUCAACACCAUGUCCCAUGCGGACUCCCCGCAGUCCGCCACCUUGGACUCUAUUGAGAGCCUGGUUGCUCCCUAUGGGUCCACCUUGGUAGAGAAGUUCUUCGAAUGCAUCCACCCGACCUUUCCAAUUCUCAUGGAAGAUGUCUUCCGUCAGUCAUACAGGACUCGCAAUGGCAUCUCUCCGCUCCUACUGUCUGCUGUCUACGUUUUGGCCCUGAAGUUUGUCGACAUCGGGCCGGCUUCACAAUCCGCAAGGCGACCCGACGGCGCUCGCCUUGAAGCCAUUGCAUUGAAACUCCUUACCGACUCUCUGCCCUAUGCAUCGAUUUCGACAAUUCAGGCCGGACUGUUACUUAUGCAAAAGUCAACGAUAGCCACCGCCCCUUUGAACGCACAGUUGGUCACCGCUGGAUUCGAGCUUGGGCUUCACCAAGAUUGUUCCGACUGGCGAAUGGAAACCUGGGAAAAGGGUUUGAGGAAGCGGCUUGCUUGGGCGCUUUACAUGCAGGACAAAUGGUCCGCAAUGGUGCACGGACGCCCAUCACAUGUCGUCUCCUCUAAUUGGACCGUACAAGAUCUCGUCGAAGAAGAUUUCACUGAUGCAUUCGCAUCGACCGCAUCUCAGCCAGAUGAUGCACCCGUGGGCCAUGGCCCCCUCUUCUUCUGUCACCUCGUGGCACUCACUACCAUCCUAUCCGACAUCCUAGACCGCUUCUACACCCUCCAAUCAAUACAAGAAUUCAAAGCCGCCGGCAACAACCGAACCCGCCUAAUCCUCGAACGCGCCAAACCCGCCCAGAUCCGUCUAAAGGACUGGUUCGCGCGGCUCCCCGCAGCCCUUAAACUCGACUCAGCAACUGACCUCUUCGAAACCAUCACUGAGGAAAACGCCCGCAACGGCGCUCUUCACCUCUCCUACUUCGCCACCGAAAUCACCCUCCACCGCUGCAUCGUGCGCUCCCUCUCCCCGGACGCAACAGAUGCCUACCUCUCGCACAUCUGCCGCUCCGCCGCAAAGACCCGCCUCAUUUCCGCCAUGGACUUCGUAAACCGCCUCCGCCCACCUCACCUGCGUUCCUUCUGGCCCGCCGCGUCAAGAACCCACUUCGCCCUCAUCGGGUCCUUUGGCAUCCUUCUCCGUGUAACAGCGCCCACAAAGGAAGAGGCCGAGUUCUACCGCCUCCGCCUCUGCGAGUACCGCUGGACACUGAGCGUCAGCAAGAAAGACGCCGAAUUCCUGGAGUUUGCGCUUGAGAGUCUCGAUAACGCAACGGAUCUUGAUCAACAUGUCCCCUCGAAGCCGGGGAUCGAUGAGCUGAUGACGAGCUCGUCGAAGCCGUUCACCGCUAGCAGAACGGGCGCGGCCCAUGAUGAGGCGAUUCUGGAUUUGGAUUCGCGUGGUGGUACAGGCGGCACGUCCUCUGUUAUUUCGGGCCUCGCGUCGCCGGCUACCUCCGUUAGUGAGGAGAGUAUGCAUGAUGUUGCUUUUGCGCCGAUGUAA